UGUCCACUCUAGUCUGUCAUUUGAGCGUAGCUUGCGCUCCGGGGAGGGACUACGAUCGCUGUCACUUAUCGUAACCGGGAAACGGCUGGAAAUAGCAUCGUCAUUAUCGAAAGAAUUAGUCAAGAUGGUUCACAAACCGAAGGUAUACGUGAUCGGCGUUGGGAUGACAAAAUUCGAGAAACCUGGCAAACGAGAGGACUUUGAUUAUCCGCAAAUGGCGAAGGAGGCUGUGAGCAAGGCUCUACAGGAUGCCCAAGUACCUUACAAAAGUGUCCGAGCUGUCUGCGUUGGAUACGUCUACGGCGACUCCACUUGCGGUCAGAGGGCCGUCUACGAAGUCGGCCUAACCGGAUGUCCCAUUUAUAACGUCAACAACAAUUGCUCCACCGGCUCCACCGCUCUCUUCCUCGGCAAACAGAUUGUCGAAAGCGGAAACGCCGAUUGUGUCCUGGCCCUUGGAUUUGAGAAGAUGGAGCGUGGAUCACUGAUGUCCAAAUAUUCAGAUCGUACAAAUCCCAUGGACAGACACGUCGAGCUGAUGGCAGAUAUCGCAGGUAUUUCGGAGGGACCCAUUACUGCUCAGAUGUUUGGUAAUGCUGGAAUUGAGCAUAUGAAGAAAUACGGCACAAAGCUAGAACAUUUUGCCAAGAUUGCAUAUAAAAAUCAUCUGCACUCUACAAACAAUCCCAAUUCACAAUUUCAAGAUAAGUACACCUUGGAGCAGAUAAUGAAUUCUCCCAAAAUAUUUGGACCACUGACAAAGCUCCAGUGUUGCCCUACCUCUGAUGGUGCAGCGGCUGUCCUUCUAGCUAACGAGGAGUUUGUUCGAAAGCAUCGCUUAGAAUCCCAAGCUGUUGAAAUUGUAGCAAUGGAAAUGACCACUGACCAGGCUACGACAUUUUCCAGUCGAUCGUGCAUGAAUAUUGUCGGAUAUGACAUGACGAGAAACGCAGCCGAGAAAGUCUUCACAUCGACCAACUACAAACCGGGCGACGUGGAUGUGAUAGAACUACACGAUUGCUUUUCUGUAAACGAAUUAAUUACUUACGAAGCUUUGGGACUGUGUCCUCCUGGUUACGGCGGCAAGUUGGUAGACUCUGGAAAUAACACCUACGGCGGCAAAUACGUCGUGAAUCCUAGCGGCGGUUUAAUCUCGAAGGGACAUCCUGGCGCUACUGGAUUAGCUCAAUGUUCUGAGCUUUGCUGGCAGCUUCGCGGCAUGGCUGGCAAGAGGCAGGUGCCGAAUGCGAAAUUGGCCCUGCAACAUAAUAUUGGUUUGGGAGGUGCGGUUGUCGUAGCUCUUUAUCGCUUGGGUUUCUCGAAACAGGCGGUGGUCAGGAAGCAUGUGAGUGUCUCUGCCGAUCCGAGCGUCUUCCAAGCAAAUGUGCUAUUCGAAACGCUAAGAAUCGCGAUGGAAGAGGACGAGGAGGGUCUGAUCGAGAAAGUACGCGGCGUUUACGGAUUUAAAAUUAUAAAUGGCCCCGGCGGUGCUGAAGGAUUUUGGAUUGUCGACGCAAAAACAGGCAAAGGGAAAGUCGAGUAUAAUGGCAAAACCAAACCCGACGUCAUAUUUACGAUCAGCGAUACCGACAUCGUCGAUUUUAUCUCUGGAAAAUUGAAUCCGCAAAAGGCCUUCUUCCAAGGAAAAGUCAAGAUACAAGGGAACAUGGGGCUGGCUAUGAAAUUGCCUGAUCUGCAAAAACGUGCCGCGAAGAAAAUUGAAUUGCUUCGUUCAAGAUUGUAAGAUAUACAAAGUGCAAAUCUAUAAAAUAACGCGCGUAUAAUCGUCAAACACAAAGCAUAUCUUAUUCUCGCGCGUUUUAUCUUUCCUUCUCUAUUUAGCUAUCAAGGUUCACAAGCUUUAUCAAAUUUUAUUUUCUUAAUACGUAAUCACAUGGAAUGUAAUUAUAUGAGAGAAUUCCCGAUAAGCUUUAAUCGGAAUAAACAGAUGAUAAAGACAAUCAAUUUGUACAUAUUGACAGAUAUUUUUAUGAUGUAUUGAUAAUAAAAUUAUUUCAUAUUA